AUGUCGGCCGCAGCAGUAUCACACACCGCUCCCGCAGCUCUCCCGUCGGCGCCCCCGCCAUCCUACCCCGCCACCUCUGGCCCUUCCUACGCCGCCGAGGACGACCUCUACGGUCUCCUCCAAUCGCUCCAGCGUCGCAUGGAGUUCGUCGCGAUCCAGGAGGAGUACGUGAAGGACGAGCAGAAGCACCUGAUGCGCGACCUGCUGCACGCGCAGGAAGAGAUGAAGCUGGUCCAGGCCGCGCCCCUCGUGACCGGCCAGUUCAUGGAGAUGGUGGACGGCAGCAACGGCAUCGUGGGGUCGACCACCGGCAGGAGCUACUACGUGCCGAUCCUCAGCACCAUCGACCACGAGCUGCUGAAGCCGUCGGCGUCGGUCGCCCUGCACCGCCACUCCAAAGCGCUCGUCGGCGUGGUGCCUCCCGAGGCGGACUCCAGCGUCUCGCUGCUCGGGCCAUCGGAGAAGCCCAGCGUCCUGUACUCGGAUAUCGGAGGAUGUGAUAUCCAGAAGCAAGAAAUCCGCGAGGCCGUCGAGCUGCCCCUGACACAUCACGAGUUGUACACGCAGAUCGGUAUUGAUCCUCCAAGAGGGGUGCUGCUCUAUGGUCCUCCGGGCACCGGCAAGACGAUGCUUGCGAAAGCCGUGGCAUGUCACACCAGCGCUGCUUUCAUCAGGGUGGCUGGUUCAGAGUUUGUGCAAAAGUACUUGGGGGAGGGCCCGAGGAUGGUUCGGGAUGUGUUCCGCUUGGCUAGAGAGAAUGCCCCUGCUAUAAUAUUCAUCGACGAGGUUGAUGCCAUAGCCACUGCUCGAUUCGAUGCUCAGACCGGUGCUGACCGAGAGGUUCAGCGUAUUCUAAUGGAGCUACUCAAUCAGAUGGAUGGGUUUGACCAGACGGUGAAUGUGAAGGUUAUCAUGGCCACCAACCGGGCGGACACUCUAGACCCUGCCCUGUUGCGUCCAGGAAGAUUGGACAGGAAAAUUGAGUUCCCUCUGCCAGACCGUAGGCAGAAGAGGCUUGUUUUCCAAGUCUGUACUGCUAAGAUGAACUUGAGUGACGAGGUCGAUUUGGAAGAUUAUGUCUCCAGGCCUGAUAAAAUCAGUGCUGCUGAUAUCUCCGCUAUUUGCCAAGAAGCUGGCAUGCAUGCUGUCCGCAAAAAUCGGUAUGUUAUCCUCCCCAAGGACUUCGAGAAGGGCUACCAAACCAACGUGAAGAAGCCUGAGACAGACUUUGACUUCUACAAAUGA